AUGGAGCCAUUCCCGACUACUCUGGAUCGGCCCGUACAUUCCAAAGAUCUAUCCCGGCCCCAAGUUCGAAUCGAUGAAUUACGAACCCCAGACCGAACACGCAGCGGCCCCGCUGCGAAAUCCACCUAUUUACGCCGGGCGAACACAGUAGCACAGGGGAGUUCGAUAAAAAAGAACCUGGAAUUGAAAGCCAACCGGGAAAGAACUACAACGACGGGAACUGCGCCAGGGGCAGCAGCACUACGAGCCAAAGAUAGUCAUGAGUUAUUACGAAAUGACCGACCAUUGCAACGAUCCCAGACGCACCGCGGCCCAUUAGAGGCGCGCCCAGCCGGCCGCCGAGCAGGUCAUUUUACGGUUGGCAGUGUCGGCCAGAAUGGAAAGAUCUUUCUCAGGCCGAUUGCGAAUACACCCCAGAAAGAUCCCCCAAUAGUGCCCUUUUCAUCUAUUGAUCAAGUGACGACCGAUCGCCUUCAGCCGCACAGAACCGCCCAAGCUCGAGAUGACCCAUCGAGGUGGUCCAGUUCCCAGCUCUCUGAGCUGCGCCCACGUGAACGAGUACGAGACGAAUAUAAACCGGCUUUUAUCGAAGCAUCCCAACCUGAAAUAGAAACGCGUUCUCGGCAGCGACCAAAUUCGUUCUCGACGAUAUCGGAUAAACAAUCAGUAUCUGGCGCAGGGAAACGUGGGGAGUUACGCAUUGUCAUCGAUCGAUCUGAGGACCGACCUAAAACUGCAAAUGAAAACUCGCCUGACACAGCAUUGGAAAUCCCCAUUCCCCAUUAUCGCCUGGGGUCGCCACGAUUCAAUACCGAAGGUAGUGCGAUGCUGCACAGUUCCGUCUACACGCGGACCUCAAUGUCCGAUAAUUUUCGAAAUUCAACUCUACUUGGUGGAAUGAUUGACCCCAUGCCGGGGCGCCCAGGUGCAUACAGUCGAGAUUCAUUUUCGCGUCAUCGUGCGUCUUUUGCGGUUUCAAUGUUUUCGGGGACUGCAGCUAUAGAUCUUAGUCGCGCCUCUCCCAUACCAAGGAAUUCCAUGGUCUACGAAUUAAAGGGUCCAGUUCAGCCGUCAAUAUACGAAACUUUGGUUUCGGAUAUGGAUGGCGAGACAGUUGUACGGUAUAUUCCCGGCACUAAGGACAUUAGUGCUGCCACGCCUGCCCGAAUCGUUGCACAGAUCUCUUCAGAGUCCUUUAUGGACUAUGAGCUGGUGUCUGACUUCUUUCUCACUUUCCGUUGUUAUCUAUCGGCCGAUCACCUUCUUGCCUUGCUGCUUGCACGUCUGCAAUGGGCGAUCAAUCGUCCCCAAGAAGAUGGACGAAUUAUCCGUAUUCGAACAUUUGCGGCUCUCCGCCAUUGGAUCCUAAAUUAUUUUGUUGACGACUUUGUUAUGAACUACCAAUUGCGCACCCACUUUUGUGAGACUAUCAAUGAGCUUUAUCAAGAUGUAAAGUCUCGACAAAAUGGUGGCACGAGCGACUUGAAAAUUCUUAUUGACCUGAAGCGAUGCUGGAAUGGCAAGUGUUCAGUUUACUGGACAGCGUCGGAUUAUUCUCGAGCCUAUAAUGAUCCUGAUAGCGCAAUUAUGCCUGGAAGCGCUCAGAUCGAACUACACGAUGACGAGACUGCUCAACAGACUGUCCCGCUUCCUGCGAUGACUCCUCACGUAGACACAAGUUCUCGGAAGAGCUUUCCUACUGUCACACAACAUGAUCGAAACGACUCAGCUGGCACUGCACAUAGUAUCCCAUUCUCUUCCAAGAGCGACCAAAGCAUGCUGGCGCUGUCAUGCUCAUUGCCUCCCAAAUCCCUUAGACGGGUGUCUACUUCUUACGCCAGGAGCAAAGCCCCACGGCCCGUUGCAUUGGGUCUCACUAAAUCAAUCUCACCUAAUGAAGCUCCGCCAACAUCACCAAUGCUUUCACGACAUCCAUUUCAUGGCCACAAGAGAAGUGGUAGCUUUUCUGAUUCGGUGCGAGACGACCGGCUUCCAACUGGAAUGGAUUCUGGGUCGCCGGCACCUCCGCAGGAGAUGUUAGACCCCGUCAGAUUCAUCCGAGGAGAAUUGUAUCCGCCCGCGGAAUCAUACAUGGCGAUGAUGGUGCCGGACUCUCCUCCGCUAGCUGCCCCGUCCUCGUCAACUAAUUCAGACCGUCGAAGUACAGAUGGUGGUCCAAAGACGGCGCAAUCGAACUCGGGGAUGAAAACUAUAAUUGGCUCUAUCAGACGAGCUCUCCAUACCCGGAAUGGGGGCCAGAGCGUCUCUGCGCGCAUGACAACCACAUCUGAGCUUAGCAGUCUGCCAUCUCGUGGCAAGACAUCUGCAAUGCCACAUCACAUUGCUCUGGGAUCUGAGUACUACCGAGAAAGAAAGAUGGCUACCGUACCAAAGCGCCCUGCACGAAUCGAUAUUCUCUGUGAACGAUCUCUGAAGCAAUAUCGAGACGCUAUGGAGCAAGCGGCACAACAGGAUGCUCAACAACAGCCCGAUACACCCACGGUUCAGGUAACCUACCAGGAACCCGGUGAGAAUAUUCCUGUCGAUUCCCUGCAAGUUCCGGAGGGUAAUGAAUCGAAGAUCAAGAGUGGUAUUACUAUGGGCAGUGAAUCUAUUGUCAUUGUCGAUGAUACGGGAUUCGAAUUUCCUACAAUGUCGGGAGCUGUACAAGAUGAUCAGCAUCGAGAUGAUAAUGAUCAGACGCAAUACUUGAAUACCCAUGAUAUGGCUAUCAUGUCUUCUAAAUCUCUUGUUUCAUCAUCGACACAAGCUAAAAGUGAACACUCCGUUCCGAUUUGUUUCAAUGGCGAAGUUUCGGAUAUAAGGAAGCCUUAUCCACAGAGCAUUGCUUCCCAACGCAGAUCUUUCUCUAACGAGAGUCAAGCUGCACCUCGCAAACGAGUCUCGCUCUCCCUUCGACUCCGAAAAUAUGCCUCUUUUCAAAGUGGAAUUUCCAGACAGCGCAAUUCAAUGGAUAGCGAUGCAGGCAAGUCCUCUGUGAGCUCGCAAUAUGGACAAGACCUGGGAGGUAAAAAUUCUGGCCCUGCGCUUCGCAGAAGACCUGGCGGAAACUUGCGUCAAAUGCAGGUCGUGGGUGAUGAUCAAAUGCCCGCACGUGGAAGUAUUGAUACCGCUCGAUCCUACAAUGACUCUCUAGCAGAAACCACAAUGACUGCAUCUGAAGUUCCAUCUAGGCCUCAAAGUACUCUUAUUCCUCCGAAUCCUCGAUACUCUCUGAUUCAGGGUCGACCAAAUCGUGAUCAGAAACGUCGCUCGUUUGAAGCAGCUAUCGCUCGCUUUGCACAGAUUCCAGACGAUGAUGACGGUGGUGUCGAGUCAACUCUGCUAAAAUUGGAGGGCAAAUGGCCUAACUCACCGCCACCGGACGAAGAAAAAGGAUUUGAAAAGAACUUGGACCCUGGCGUUGAACAGCAACCUGACAAGAGUCAACUCGGUUGGGACGCUCUCGCUCGGAGACGACAGACAGAUAUGUCCGGCUACUCCACCGUUGGGGGUCGACUGGCGCCACCCAGGCCGUAUUCUGACUCCGUCGCGGAGUCAGAAGAGUCGUAUAAUUCCAUUCCUCUUCUCGAACGUGGUCUCACUGAUGAGUCUAUGAAACGGCCACCCGUGAAUCGACCCCAUAUUCAUAGCCAGAUUAUCGAUAUACAGGGACCUCCUCUCAGCCUUAUAUCUAGUCGAGAUACUUCGGAGUUGGUGUCAUCUCACCCAUCGAUCCAAAUUGUCAAUGAAACAGAUAGCAUUCGACGCAUUCCCAGAGGCUCAACUAUCCCACAACUAGCGGCCGGUAGCACGGGGCAUGUUACACCCAGGAAUCUGUCGGAAAUGUCUGUGGAUAUCAUUGACAGACGGGAAGCCAUUGAGGGCCGUUUAUCGAGUGACACCCGCAGCCUCAAUUCGUCAACUGUGGAAAUUCCACCUCACCCACUGGCACACCCUCCCUCUCCUCCUAUGACCAUUCAACAUCCAAGCUCCUUCAACUCUUGUGUAUCGCCUCUGGAUAAGGUUCUUUUCCAGGCCCAGCCACUCACUCCAGACACUUCUCCUCGGCGCCGUGAGGCGGAAAGUGCCACUCCUCAGCCUAGACGCGUGCCUGAAUUCUCUAGUGAUGUUCUUUCCAACUCAGAGAAAGAGCAGAACGAGCAAUACAAUGUCACUAUCGACCAUGGUCCUGAUCAUGUGCCGUUUGUCCUUGCAUGUGAAUCUCAGAUGCUUGCGCAACAAUUGACAUUGGUUGAAAUGGCUGCUCUGAGCGAGGUUGAUUGGAGAGACUUGGUAGAAAUGAGAUGGAGUAGCGGGUCCCAGUGCAUUGAAAGCUGGGUCCAGUUCCUCAUUUCCGAAGAACGAAAAGGUAUUGAUUUGGUUGUUGGGCGCUUCAAUCUUGUGGUGAAAUGGGUAGUCUCUGAGAUAGUCUUGACUCGCAACAUCAAUGAGCGAGCACGCACAAUCAUCAAGUUCAUUCACACUGCUGCCCAUGCUCGGCGCAUCUGCAAUUAUGCAACUAUGUUGCAGAUUGCCAUCGCAUUGUCUUCCUCGGAUUGCUCACGGCUUCAAAGGACCUGGCAACUUGUUCCUUUGGAGGACAGGAGGCUGUUCAAAGACAUGGAGGCUCUUAUCCAGCCUGUUCGCAAUUUUCAUGACCUGCGCGUUGAGAUGGAGACAGCCAAUUUACGGGAAGGCUGUAUUCCUUUCAUCGGUCUCUAUGUACACGACCUCACGUAUAAUGCACAAAAGCCUGCCCAGAUCACUCGUAAGGGAGGUGAUCUGCUGGUUAAUUUCGAGCGAUACCGGACUGCUGCCCGGCUCGUCAAGAGUCUGCUCCGUUUGAUCGACGCGAGCACCAAGUACCGAUUCAUGCCCGUUCAAGGAGUUAUUGAACGGUGCCUUUGGAUGUCAUCCCUCCGCGAGGACGAGAUUCAAGCUCGCAGCAAAGAUCUUGAAUGA